AUGGCGCUCUCAUUGCCUAGGCUGUCUUUGCUCUUCGUUGCCUGUCUUUCUUCCAUCGCAUCUGUCUCUGGGAAUAGAUAUGGAGACAAAGUCCAUUGGCACGGCCGUGACAGCAGCCAUAAUCUCACCGCCAGAGAAGAACCAUCUCAAGUUGAGGCUCGAAGCACCAAAGGCUUUCGAUUCCUCACUGAAGCAACCGAACCUUUUCGUGUAAAGUCCUUGCCAGAUGUGGACUUUGACGUCGGAGAGAUGUACUCUGGAUUGAUGCCAAUUCAAAUGAAUGAUACGUCUCGAGCUUUAUUCUUCGUCUAUCAGCCGACCAUUGGAGCCCCGGUUGAUGAGAUCACGAUAUGGUUGAAUGGCGGGCCUGGAUGCAGCUCCUUAGAAGGAUUCUUCCAGGAGAAUGGCCGCUUCCUUUGGCAGACUGGCACCUAUGCUCCAGUUGAGAAUGCUUAUUCAUGGGUGAAUCUUACAAAUGUUUUGUGGGUCGAACAACCUGUGGGCACAGGUUUCUCUCCAGGCAAAGUCACAGCUACCACUCAAGAAGAGAUUGCGCAAGAUUUUGUAGGCUUCUUUCUCAACUUCCAGAAGACGUUUGGCAUCAAGAAAUUCAAAAUCUACGUCGCAGGCGAGUCGUAUGCAGGGCGGUACGUCCCUUACAUAUCCGCAGCUAUGAUUGACCAGCACGACACAAACUACUUUGAUCUAUCAGGAGCCAUGACCUACGAUCCGUGCAUCGGAUCCUUCGACUAUGUACAAGAAGAAGUCGUGGCUGUCCCUUUCGUUCAUGCGAACAACGCUGUGCUGAAUAUCAACUCCUCUUACCUUGCCUACCUCGAUGGCCUCGACGAGACCUGCGGAUAUGCCGACUUUCGAAACAAAUAUUUGCAGUUUCCGCCCACAAAACAUCAACCUAUUACAUAUUUCAGCGAUGAAAAUGAUUAUGCGUGCGAUGUAUUUGAUAUGGCCGUCAAUGCUGCUCUGAAUGUCAAUCCCUGUUAUAACAUCUACCACGUCUCGGACGCAUGUCCUCUACAAUCCGAUGUCCUUGGCUUCCCUGGACUUCUGGAAUACAUUACACCUGGGCUACCAGUCUACUUUGAUCGUGCAGACGUCAAGAAAGCUGUGCACGCUCCCGAUACUCCAUGGGUUGUAUGCUCAAACGAACCCGUCAUAAUCGGGCCACCAAAUCAAGGCCCCGAAGAAUAUACCGGCGACCUUUCCGCAGAUCCCAUCCAACACGUUCUGCCCAAAGUCAUCGAGCACACAAACCGCACGUUGAUAUCCAACGCACAACUCGACAUGAUCAUCAUCACUAACGGAACGCUACUUUCGAUUCAGAACAUGACCUGGAAUGGGAAACUUGGCUUCCAGCAAAGACCCUCGACGCCGAUCGUGAUUACACUGGAGGAUCUGCAGUAUGAAGCGAUCUUUGAUGCUAAUGGGUAUGAGGGUCUGGAUGAUCCGCAAGGAACGCUUGGGGUGCAGCAUUUUGAGAGGGGACUGAUGUGGGCUGAGACUUGGGCUGCGGGACAUAUGCAACCGGGAUAUCAACCUAGGAGCAGUUAUAGGCAUUUGCAGUGGUUGUUGGGGCAUAUUGAGACUUUGUAG